AUGUCGAGUACGCGGGAGCGGAGGAUCGCCAAAGAGCUCAACGACAUCCACCAGGACAAGGACAACUCGGGCGUCUAUGCCACCCCCGUCGACCAAGGCAACCUGAUGCACCUCAAAGGCACCUUUCCCGCCCCUCCAGAUACUCCCUACUCUGGAGGCACCUACACCGUCGACAUUCAGAUCCCGGACAUGUACCCCUUCAAGUCCCCCAUCAUGAAGUUCGACACCAAGAUAUGGCACCCCAAUAUCAGCAGCCAAACUGGCGCCAUCUGUCUCGAUACCCUCGGCAGCGGCUGGUCUCCCGUUGGCACAAUCAAGAUGGCCCUGCUAUCCCUCCGAAUGCUCCUCGAGUCCCCGAACCCCAAAGACCCGCAAGACGCAGAGGUCGCCAAGAUGAUGAUGGACGAUCCCGAAUACUUCGCGGUCGUGGCCCACGACUGGGCAGUUAGGCACGCCGGUGCCCCGCGAAGGCAGCCACCGCCGGGGCAGUAUGUCAAGAAAGCAUCAGAGAAGAAGCAGGAGGACCCUUCCAGAUAUCAAGGAUACAACCGGGAGCUGGUUCAUCGUUUCGUAAAUAUGGGCUUCGAUGUCGACGCCGUGGUAGAUGCCUUCAACUACGUCGGGAUCGAUCGAAACGGGGGCGAUGACUACGAGCUGGAGGAGGCAUAUAUGGGCGACAUCACUGCCCGGUUAUUAGGGGAGCAAUAG